UGUUCCGCCUGUGGAAAAGCGACCGUUGGAGCGUUUUCUCUUCACCGUGCUCCCAUCCGUUGGUAGUGUCCGUCAUCGGCCAUAUCUACUGUAACCGCAUUCAUUCAUUUUUAGACGCACUGCUAUCUUUUUCUUGAACCAAAAGGCGGCUAUUUAGUGGGAAAGCCGUGAGCAUCUCGUUGUUUCGUUACCCUCUCGGACGUUUGUCGGUUUAUGCCUCGGUGAGUGUCCGUUGAAGGCUGGGUGGUAACAGUUCGGCUUCACGAUGAUCGAGCGACCAGAAACCGCGGUUCCCAGCAUCGCUCAGCGGAACCUAGAGGGCUACGUGGGCUUUGCCAACCUCCCCAACCAGGUGUAUCGGAAGUCUGUCAAAAGAGGGUUUGAAUUCACAUUAAUGGUUGUAGGUGAGUCUGGUCUCGGGAAAUCGACUCUCAUCAACUCCCUGUUCCUGACUGACCUCUACUCUAAGGACUACCCUGGCCCCUCCCACAGGAUUAAAAAGACUGUUCAAGUGGAACAGAGUAAAGUUUUGAUAAAGGAGGGAGGAGUCCAACUAACCCUAACCAUCGUGGACACACCAGGGUUUGGCGAUGCAGUCGACAACAGCAACUGCUGGCAGCCUGUCAUUAAUUACAUUGACAGCAAAUGCGAGGACUUCCUGAACGCUGAGUCGAGGGUCAACCGCAGGUCCAUGCCGGACAACAGAGUCCACUGCUGUCUUUAUUUUAUAGCGCCAUCUGGACACGGCCUAAAACCUCUUGAUAUAGAAUUUAUGAAAAGGCUCCAUGAUAAAGUCAAUGUCAUACCUCUCAUCGCAAAGGCUGACACACUGACGCCUGAGGAGUGCCAUCUUUUUAAAAAACAGAUUAUGAAAGAGAUUCAAGAGCACAAGAUUAAAAUAUACGAGUUUCCAGAUGUAGACGAGGAUGAGGACAAUAAGCUGGUCCGGAAGAUCAAGGAAAAAAUGCCGCUGGCAGUGGUUGGCAGCAAUGUCGUUAUUGAAGUGAACGGCAAGAAGGUCAGAGGUCGUCAGUACCCAUGGGGUGUGGCAGAAGUCGAGAAUGGGGAACACUGCGACUUCACUGUGCUGCGCAACAUGCUGAUCAGGACCCAUAUGCAGGAUCUGAAGGACGUCACCAACAACGUCCACUACGAGAACUACCGCAGUAAGAAACUUGCUGCUGUCACGUGUAAUGGAGUGGACACCUCCAAGACCAAGGGGCAGCUCACCAAGAGUCCCCUGGCUCAGAUGGAGGAGGAGCGCAGGGAGCAUGUGAUGAAAAUGAAGAAGAUGGAGGCAGAAAUGGAACAGGUGUUUGAGAUGAAGGUUAAGGAGAAGAAGCAGAAACUGAAGGACUCAGAGGCUGAGCUGGAGCGACGCCACGAGCAGAUGAAGAGGAACCUGGAGGCGCAGUACAAAGAGCUGGAGGAGAAGAGGCGAGUGUUUGAGGAGGAGAAGGCCAACUGGGAGGCUCAGCAGAGAAUCCUCGAGCAGCAGAAGCUGGACGCCUCCAAGACGAUGGAGAAGAACAAGAAGAAAGGAAAGAUCUUCUGAAGAGAGACGUGACUGCUCGCUCCAGUUUUACAAACUUGUUUCCUUUGAUCCUGUCUGAAGUUCACAUUGUAACGUGGUCCUCAGAACACACAACAGAACAUAACACAUGGCAUAACAACUCUCUGUGGAAGCCAUUUACACACACACACACACACACACACAACAGCUCACACGCUCGUCUCUCUGCAGGGUUUUACUGUAUCUCUUAAAACCUGUCUGUUUCCAUGGGGAAUGCAUGUGUUUGUGAAAUUCUAUUUUCCUAUAUUUCCUGACAAGGAGAAGUUCGAGUUCCUCUGAGUUUUCAGUGCAGCAUUAACACAUGGCAGGGACCAUGCAUAGCCAUCGUUCACAAGUAGUAGUUGUAUGUUCGCUAAGUAUUCAUAGAUCUGCAGAUAUACCAACUCUUUCUUUUACUGUUCUAAAGAUUUAACAGGCAUGUGCACACUCAAGCUGUCAGGAGAAGGUAAAGUGUACGUGAGGGAAGGCAACUGAAUGAUUCUGGGUCUGAGGAGAGAGGUCAGGUGGAGCUGAGGCUCGGUCUCACCGCAAACUGGCAAAACUAAACUGAUAAUGCCUGAAAACGUCCCGGCAGCAUUUUACUGAAAUACUGGCUCGUUCUCGUGUGCCGUUCAGUAAAGACAGUGUGAAGGUGAACUGUGAUUGUUAGGUACCUGUUAACAUUAGUAGCUGUUUGAAAUGGAGCGUGAUCACAACACAUCAUCAUCCCAUCACUAAAUACAUGUUUUAAAUAAUAUUUUAGUAAAAGUGCUUCUCAGACUUUUCUCAUUAGCAAAUUCAGCCCUGCAAUAAAAUUACUUUGUCCAAUUAAAAAAAACUUAGAAUAAAAGUGUAGGUUUUUUUUAGCUUUUAAGUAAAAAUAAAAGGAUGCAGAGUUGGUUUACAUUCCAGAGCUCGUUCACUUGUUAGCAAUUACAUGUUUUAAGUUAAAGAACUUUAUCUCGUCAGACACAAAAAACAAGCAAAACACACAUUUUUAACAUUAGCAAAUGCAUCUGAGUAAUGUAGAAAUUACAAAUUAAAACUAAUCUAUUAAAAUUUGCCUCCUGUACUUUGAAUAGCUUUAUUAGCAAAUACACUUUUCUCCUAUUCCAAAUGCAUCUUUUAAUACUUCUUGUUUUCUUGUAAGUCACCCAAAAAAAGUCAUUUUGAGGUCAUUUAGCAGUGUUAUUGUAUAUUCAAUGACCUACAAACAUAAAGGCCGCUCUCCUUUGUGACAGAAAACUUAAAUAUCUGUUAACAGCUUCCUAGCAAAAACUGCUCUCUAUUUUGGACUCUGUACCUUCAAAAUUUUAGUGUCCGGGCUCAUUGGUACAAAUACAGAGAUUUGUUUUGAAAGAUUUGCCAGAUUUGUGGCUGUUGGUGGACCGGGCCUUCAGAUGAGAUGCUGCUGUAGGAGUUUCUUUUCUAAAUGUUUUGUCUGAGGACGUGCUCGGAUCUAAAGCUUGCAGACUGGAGGGGAGGAAGUCAUGUGUGUCACAGCAGCCAAGAUAUCGUCAUUGCAGUGUGUGUUAACUAUUUUUGAAUAAAUGACAAUAUGCAAAAAGCCUGAUUGGUGUCUGAAAACUUUACAGGUUACAGUGCUAACAAAGAUGUUUUAUAUUGUAAUGUGAGUGAUGGAUGUUGUCUUAGACCCGAAACCCUGAUGUUCACAAUUCUGUGACAUUUUUCCUUUUGGGUCCAACCACCAAAGGGACGACUCAUCAGAAAGCUGAAAUCUUCCUUUCACCUUCCUUUUAAGAAGACGUUUGCCAAAAACAGCCAAAACUUUGUGUUUGGCUUUAUUUUAGAGGAUUAUAUAUAGUAUAUGUUCCAAACAGCUUGUGCACGCAACAAAACGCCAGCCCUCUGUUAAACGGGUUAUAUAGAUGACAUGUUCAGGAGCUUUCCCAGAGUUGUCAUUUUUUAUUUUCAUAUGACGAUUAUAUUAAUACUCUAUAUACGGUUGAAGAAAGACUCUUUAAUUCCCUUGUAGUUUUCUUAAAUGUUUUAGUGUGACGAGGCGUGGUCUGCGAUGCCGUGCAGGGAAGGUGGACGCACCUGCACGGCAUCCACAAUCAUGCCCCGUCCACUUAAAAAUCUGUACUGGGUCCUGUGAUUGGGGUUGUUGGUAUGUUGAUCUGGCAGCAGGAGAGCCACAGCUGUGUCUUUGUAACAGGAACCGUGCGUUUGAGAAGUAAUAAAAUAAAGUAUGCUGCAAAGCAUGUUCAUGUCGUCGGUUCUGCCAUCAUUUAGAUUACUGUAUUUUUCACACUAUAAGGCACACUCGCGGAGGAAUCUUUGUCCAAAACUCUGUCUGCUUCAGGUCCCAAUGUCAAACGAACACUGCAGCGUCACUAAGAGUUAGAAACUGUCUGAAUUCUUUCAUCUUUAACAAAAUGAUCAGCGUUGUUGCUUUACCAGGUGUAACAAUUUACAGUUUACCAUCCAGGCAUCCAUGAAAACAGAAUUUAUUAAAUUUAACAGAGUUAGAAGUUAGCAGGAAGUUAGCUUGCUAGUUUCCACCUAAACAUAAAAUGACAUGUUUUGAGAGAUUUCUGAAAAAACGUACAGCUCUGCUAUCACUUCCAACAUAAAUGAAGACAGAAAACUAAACAGCAGUGACAUUUGUAGGGUUACUGAAGUUGGACUAGCUGGUAUAUAAUGAUGUGCUACGUGAUCUCUAGUGACACAGCUAUGUUAGCGUAACAAACACAGUGAAGCUGGAGGAUGAACGCUAACUUUUUACCACUCAAAAGUUAUCGUGAGGGUUCCCGAUAGUUAGGGAUAAAUGCAUUGGCAUGGCAGGAUGCUGUAAACAGACCAAACUUCAGUCAGGAGAAGAAGCGCCUUAUAAUCUGGUGCCCUUACUCAUUCAUUAACAGUGUGCUUUAUAAUUCAGAGUGCACCUUUUGAUCCGAAAAAUACGGUAGUUUCUCUGACUGCAUUUAGAGCAAAAGGGACGAAGCUUACACUUAAGCAUAUUUCAUAUUACCCUUAUGGAUUUGUUUAUGAUGGUAAUGCAUAUAUAUUGUGUACAUACUGGAGGCUGCUCAGUGGCCCUUUUUUCUUUUUGUUUUUAUUGGUUAUUCUUUUUUAUAUAUAAAUAUGUCUGGAAUGAACCACAAUUUGUACUUAGAACAGAACUUGGAGCGUAAAACCCACCCUAGAAACAUUUCCAUAUAUCUUUAAGAUCGCAUAUAAACUGUAUGCAUCUUUGCCAGUGGGCGCGCCUUCUCAGGACCCUUCUGUUAUGCUACGUUUAAUUCUCUGGUCCUACAAGUUCAAGAAAGUGAUGGAGUUUUACUUUGAACUGCUUGGGAAGCACUUGCCCAUCCAAUAACAACAUGUUAGAUACUUUUUUUUUCUUAUUUUUUGUAAAAUUUUCUUUAUAUAUAUUUACAUAUACACACAGUUUU